AUGGGGGGAACUCUUCUCAUUUUUCUUCUAACAAUUACUCAUGUUUCACUAUUAUUAAACUCAGUCAUUGCAACAUUGAAUCCAAACAUAGGGUUUGGUUUAAAGAUGAUCCAUAGAGACUCCAAAGAAUCACCUCUAUACCUAGGUGACCGUUUAACACGAGACCAGAGGCUUCAAAGACUCAUCGAGCAAUCCAAAGCUCGAGCACGUUACAUCGAGUCACAAAUAUUACUAGAGAUCAAUGCAACACACUCCAUGAAUCCUGAUGCUGCACGAUUACGCGCAAUUUACGAUCCAGGAAUGUUUUACGUUGCAUCGGUUGGUUUAGGUACAUUUCCUGGUAAUCAACUACAACGACCAUUCAUGAAUUACUAUUUGGUGAUUGAUUCAGGUAGUGAUAAGACAUGGCUUCAGUGCGAAGGUGCCACUAAAACUUUCGCUCAAGAUAUGCCACUUUAUCCUUAUCCUUGGAAGUCGUCAAUUACAUUUCAUCCCGUUCCUUGUAACACACAUCCUCUUUGCACUGUACAUAAUUGCAAUAGUAUUCAACAAUGCACUUACACAUCAGGCUAUAUGGGUGGAUCAUUUACAACUGGUGUUUUUGCUAAAGAGAAGUUCACUCUAGGCUCCAACACUAGUGGUGCCGUCGAAAGCAUCGAUUUAUACAUGGGUUAUGGUCUUUUCCAAGAUAAAAUUGAUGGUGUGUUCGGUGGUGUCGUUGCAAGAAUACUUGGUUAG